ACCACGCAUCAUAUAGGGCCCAAAAUGCCGGCAGACGUCUGCAGUCACCUGCUGCAUACCAUUGAAUUUUUCCAGAUCUGGCUACCCUUCCAAUUGCGACCCGCUUGAACCCGUUUCCACAUACUCUGAAGCAUUCCGUCCAUCCCACAGUCGCUUCUUUUGGUUUCUACUCGGGGGACAAUUUGUGUGAAUAGGUAUGAUCUCUAUAUCCUGUACAUAGAGAUACAAUCCCUUUCCCUAUUAUAUACUCGUUUUCGAUAGCAAACCCAUGGUUCCUCCCGUUCCAGUUCCACCCCAGCUGCCGUACUCCCUGAGGGACCGCAAAAAAUCCAUUACUUUCUUCUGGACUCUGUUUGUUGUCGACACGCUUGCCCAGCCGUUGAUUCUAUAUUUUACCUUGUGGUAUUGCACGGACUUGUCCCAUAAUCUAGUAUUUACCAUCAGUACAGCUGCGUUGGGAGGGGUGUCUGUUGCGGAAUACUUUUAUCGAUUCUGGACAUUGUUCAAGAAAGACUCUGUUGUCAGGCCCUUGAAUGCGCGCCGAUCAUGGCUCGACUUCUUUCAAAUCAAUUUCACCGUGGUAUGGCUCAUCCUGGCAGUUGAAUUGAUAGUCGGCACCGUACAAGAAGAACCGUAUAUUCGACUCCUCGCCAUGCCUCUCCCAACAGUCAUGUACUACUUUGGUGCUGUUCACCUUACCCUUGAUUUUCUCCGAGCAAGAGGCUACCAGGCGCCGUUUCGCAUAUCCUCCACCCCAAAGGGCUACGUCAUGCCCACUGCGUUAUACGUCCUGAUAGAAGACAUCGUUGCUGUUGACGGUGCCGGAGGGCAGAAGUACCGACGUGCGCUUCGCGAUCGAUACCUAGCAAGUCCCUACUUUCGACAAAUGCUCUUCGAAAUGAACUGUUUCUGGGGCGGCGGUUCUAUCAUCUGGGCCACCAUCACCACCAUCUUAAUUUUUACCACACCCCGAGACGUUGCCUAUACCCUCGGAUGGUCUCUCCCCUUCGUAUGGGCCGGUCUAUGGACCAUCAUUACCAUCCCAUGGGUCCAAACUGACCUUCGCCGUGAAAAAGCAGCUUGGGCCAUGGGUAACAUCCAAGGCGAACCGUUCACCGAUGAUAUCACCGCACCCACGCCGAUUACAAGGUUUAUCUCCGUAUCAGGAAGGCUGCAAUCUAUGAUCCCCUUUCAUAAACCCGGCACGCGGCAUGUGGAUCUUGAAGGUGGUGGUGGUGGUGGUGGAAACGGAGGAUCUGAGGAUACGGUUCCACCGACUGCUGAUGCAGCAAAUUCAGGGGUAUUGGCCCCAGACCAAGAGGUCAAACCAGAAGAGUAGGUUUCAAUGCUAUUUUAUUCAUUAUGCUAUUUAUAUAUACAGAGUACAGCAUAUCCCGUUUUCACGCAAUCCAUAGCACAGCGUAG